GCCCGGUUCAGUAGCACCAGACCCUGCAGCAGGACGGUGGAGGACCGGGGAGAGAAAGCGGACUAUCGGGGUGCACGGUGGGACAUCCGGACCGGUUUGCAGCGGGGACUGGCCCCCCCCACACCCCCACAUGGUCGCUCGCAGUCCGCGGGAUUGUGAUGAUGCUGAUGCGCGCAGGGCAGAGACAGACGCACCGCGCCGCAAACCCGCAAACGUGCGUGAGACGCCGCUGCAGGGAUUCACGCUUUCCUCCAUCACACCCUCACCGACAGAAACCCGGAUUCCCUGACCGGUGCAUGAGCCCGACAACCGGGUAACGCACCAUCCCUCUGCAGCCCCACUCGUACCCCACCCUGUCUGCGGAGUGAGGCAGGGGGGCUCGCAGCGGACGGGGUCACCAGUUUGAACCGACCCCUUUCAUUUGUCUUUUUGUUACCGCACCUGCUUGGAUGUGCACGCACCGCUGGUUCUGAGUCGUGUGUUUGAGAGCAGAGAGGGAACGAUGCUGGUGCGAUGCUACCGGGGCAAGCCCGCCGUGUGGGCCGCCCUGUUCGUGCUGGUCCUCUGCUGGUUCUACAUUUUCCCCGUGUACAGGGUGCCCAGCGAUACGGAGAUAGUGGACGAGGUGCUGAGGCAGGGCGGAGUGUGGGAGAAGAACCAGACGGGCAUCGAUCUGUACAGGAAGUUGUUGACGGACUGCUGUGAUCCACGGAGGAACUUCGCCGUCACCAAGGAGAACUCGCCGAUGGGGAAGGUCCUGUGGUACGACGGCGAGUUCUACCACUCGCACACGGUCAACAACGAGACCUACCCGCUCUUUGUGCAGCGCAACCCUCUGCAGUUCCCCUUGAAGAAGUGCGCGGUGGUGGGCAACAGCGGCAUCCUCCGACACAGCAAAUGCGGGCAGCACAUUGACCGGGCCGACUUCAUUCUGAGGUGUAACCUUCCACCGCUCUCAAAGGACUACGUGGAGGACGUGGGAACCCGAACACACCUGGUAACCGCCAACCCCAGCAUCAUAGAGAAAAGGUUUCAGAACCUCCUGUGGUCGAGGAAGGCCUUCGUGGACAGCAUGAAGGUCUACGGCUCCAGCUACAUGUACAUGCCGGCGUUCUCCAUGAAGCCCUGCACCGACCUGUCUCUGCGGGCAUCUUACGCCCUGGCAGACUCCUCGUCCAACCUCACCAUGCUCUUCGCCAACCCAGAGUUCCUGCGCACGGUGGGCAAAUUCUGGAAAGCCCGUGGCGUGCACGCCAAGCGCCUCUCCACGGGGCUCUUCCUGAUCAGCCUGGCCCUGGGGCUGUGCGAGGAGGUGACGGCCUACGGCUUCUGGCCGUUCGCCAUUGGCCUGGACGGGAAGCCGGUCAGCCACCACUACUACGACAACAUCCUGCCCUACAAGUGGUUCCACACCAUGCCCGAGGAGUUCGUCCAGCUCUGGCACUUGCACCAAAGCGGCACGCUGCGCUUGAGGCUGGAACACUGCCCCCCUUAGAGAGGAGGAGGGAGCCGGAAAAGAUGGCGGUCCGUUGAGGUUCGGCUGGUUAGAGGACGCAGAGUGAGAUGUUUGGGUUGUGAAUCGGCAGGAAGUUGUUGUCAUGAUGCACAUGGAUGCAAACACAAUUUCCUCUGAGGAACCUCAGCGCUGCAACUGAGUCCGUUCACGAUGCUGCUGUGCCACCAAGAUCAUCCCUAAUUAUAAUGAGAAUGUCCCCCACCCGGACCAGAAGCAUCAGGGACAGAGAAUACACUGACACAGGCAAACACACACACACACACACACAAACACUGACAUGCACACACUCUCCAAAAAAACCUUGACGAAGCCGUACCUCAACCCCUUGUCUCUGAAAUGGGUGUGUGUCUGUGUGUGUGCGUGGAUGUGUGUUUUUUAUGGAAAGCCCCUCGAGUGGGGCACAGAAAGGUGAAAGUGUGCAGGGCCGGGUGUUUGGGGGGAUGGGGUCUUUUUUUUCGGUCUGUGUGACUGUAUCUGACUGUCAUAUGGGGCAGCUGGACCAAAUCCCCCUCUGGGUCUUUUGUUAAACAGAGACAGAAGGAGUGGAGGAGUGUGUGUGUGGGGGGGGGGGGGGGUUG